CACAUUUUUUGCUAAUUAUGGAUAGGAAGUAUAAGAUCACGUGCCUAGAGCAAUAUGAUCGAUUGAUCUCAGCUGAGCUCCCAAACAAGAAAAAGUACCCAGUCUUGUACAAGAUGGUUACCAAACAUAUGAUGCAUGGCCCUUGUGGAGUGCUUAAUCGCAAUUGUCCAUGCACAAAGGGUCGUGAUUCAUGCAAGAACCGUUACCCUAGACCUUUCUGCGACAUCACAGUACAGGGCAAGGAUUCAUAUCCAGUUUACAGACGACGUGACGAUGGGCAGAAAGAAAAAGUUCAUGGACAUGAGCUUGAUAAUAGAUGGGUCGUGCCUUACAACCCGUAUCUCCUUCGUCUAUUCAACUGCCACAUUAAUGUUGAGGCAUGUGGGAGCAUCAAGGCAGUCAAGUAUCUAUUUAAGUACAUCUAUAAGGGACAUGAUCGGGCGUCUGUGGCUGUGAGAGAGGCUGACAAGAAGGAUACUGAAGGGAAUGUUGAUGAGAUCAAGCAGUACAGAGAAGCUAGAUGGGUAACCCCCCAGAAGCCUUAUGGAGGAUAUACGAGUUUGAUUUGAGUGAUAGGUACCCUACUAUUUUGUCCUUACAACUACAUCUUCCAGACAUGCACAUGGUGUCAUUUCACCGGCGCGAGGGGAUUCAACGGGUGCUUGAUCGUCCAGGUGUUGACAAGUCAAUGCUUAUAGCAUACUUUGAGAAGAAUAAGACAGAUGAAACCGCUAGAGGUAUAUUGUACCGGGACUUUCCUGAGUUCUAUACAUGGCAAGCACAUGGCAAAGUUUGGCAAAAUAGGGUACGCCGUGAUACAUUACGACAAAUUGGAAGAAUCGUGUCUGCUAAUCCAGCUGAGGGAGAGCGUUACUAUCUUAGGGUUCUCUUGAACCACGUGGCAGGUGCAACCUCCUUUGAGUGUCUAAGGACCGUGGAUGGCAAACUCCUACCAACCUUCCGUGAAGCUGCAGAAAGAAGGGGCCUAAUCGAAGAGGACAACACACUGAAUGAGAGUCUCUUUGAGGCAACUGGCUGGAUGAUGCCAUAUGCAUUGCGAAGGCUCUUUGCAACAAUAUUAGUAUUUUGUGAGCCCAACGAUGUGUUUGGACUAUGGAAGAAACAUAAGGAGGCAAUGUCGGAGGACUACAAGCGUAAUAAUCAAUCCACCUUCAUGUUGGAGCAGAUGGUCCUCAUAGAUAUUCAAAAAUUGCUACAAUCAAUGCAGAAGGAUAUAAAGAUAUACCCACUUCCUGAUAUAGAUGACACAUAUGACUCCUCUCGUGAUAUUCCUAGAGAGAUUUUUGAGGAGGCUAGCAUUGAGGCUAACGAGGAUGAUAUGGCUCUGUCAAACACCCUUAAUGUGGAGCAGCGGGCUGCAUAUGAUCAGAUUAUGUCCUCAGUUGAUACCAAGGAUGGGGGUCUCUUCUUUGUGGAUGGUCCUGGUGGGACCGGAAAGACUUAUCUAUACAGAGCACUUAUCGCUGCUAUACGCAGUCAGAAAAAGAUUGUUGUGGCAACCGCUAUAUCUGGUGUCGCAGCCUCAAUAAUGCCUGGUGGCAGAACUGCCCACUCACGCUUCAAGAUUCCCCUCACCAUUGAUAAUGGAGCCUUUUGCACCUUCACGAAACAGAGUGGUACUGCCAAGCUGCUUCGAGCAUCAUCUCUCAUUAUUUGGGACGAGGCUAGCAUGACAAAGAGACAGUCUAUCGAGGCACUGGACAACAGUCUCCGUGAUAUAAUGGACCGAUCAGAGCUGCCAUUUGGAGGAAAGACUGUGGUGUUUGGUGGAGAUUUUAGACAGGUUCUUCCUGUUGUUCAUAGAGGGUCGAGGGCCCAGGUGGUCGGUGCCUCACUACGGAUGUCGUACCUUUAGGAUUCCAUGCGACAUCUAAAAUUGGUGCACAAUAUGAGGGCAAAGAGUGACCCGUGGUUUGCAGAAUACUUGUUGCGUGUCGGUGGAGGAUCUGAGGAGGCAACUGUUGAUGACGAAAUCUGUCUUCCUCAUGAUAUAUGCAUAUCGCACACCGGGGAAGAUAGUGACCUUGAUACUCUAAUUGACUGCAUAUUCCCUAAUCUCAAUGCAAAUAUGUCAAGCAAAGAUUAUAUCCCCUCUCGAGCGAUCUUAUCUAUGCGGAACGACUCAGUUGAUAUGAUUAAUAUGAAGAUGAUACGCCGCUUCUAUGGGGAUGAGAUGGUGUACCAUAGCUUUGAUUGUGCAGUGGAUGAUCCACACAACUACUACCCUGAGGAAUUCCUUAACACUUUGACACCCAAUGGUCUACCGCCACAUGUUUUAAAGCUAAAGAUUGGCUGCCCGGUCAUAUUAUUGAGGAACAUUGACCCUGCUAAUGGACUUUGUAAUGGUACCAGGCUUAUCAUACGAGGGUUCCAAAAGAAUACCAUCGAUGCAGAAAUUGUGUUGGGACAACAUGCUGGAAAGCGGGUUUUUCUACCUCGCAUACCCUUAUGCCCCUCGGAUGAUGAGAUGUUUCCUUUCCAAUUUAAGCGAAAGCAGUUCCCUAUUCGACUCAGCUUCGCGAUGACUGUUAACAAGGCACGGGGGCAGACCAUCCCUAACGUCGGGGUGUACUUACCGGAACCAGUGUUCUCGCAUGGCCAAUUAUAUGUAGCACUAUCAAGAGCCACAGCAAGAUCAAACAUUAGAAUCUUAGCCGUGCCAGCCGCUGAGAAGGACAUGAACAAGGGGAAGAGGAAGGGAAAAAAGAAACUAGCAAAGGAUAUAUUCACGAAAAAUAUCGUAUAUAAAGAGGUUCUGACUCCAUAAAUGAGGAUACUUCCAACACAUCUAAGAGAACUGCAAGUGACUACAUGACUGUUGGUGGUUGUCGCGUAAUCUUAGUUUCACCCAAUGAUUUUCCGCCUCUAUGUACACGCAUCUACGAUUUAUUUGUUUUGUUUAUUGUUAAUAAACAGCUAAUAGCUUGCGCACUAUCGAUAUUCCAAACAUCAUCCUCGCAAUGUGUUUUUGUGGUACCAUACAUGUAUUAUUACGGUAUUAAUUUUUCCCGUUGCAACGCACGGGCAUUUACCUAGUACAAGAUUAAUCACAUUUGAUGUGUCACUAAACUCCAAAUUGGUGCACUCUGUAUUCAAGAACACAACAAAACAGGAAUUUAGAUUACCUGCUUAUUCUUUUUGCCAUUUCUUGUUCUACUCAUCAGCUGUUGCUGAGUGAUAUAAGUCUUCUGUGAUUGUCCAUUUGUAGUUUUUUCGCUAAAAAGAUUUUUGCUGACUCCAGUAGCAUUUUUGUUGACCCCAGAACGAGUAGAUGCGGCUUUUUGUAUGGUGACAACGCUUGCAUGCUCACACUUCAAAAAAUAAAUUGUUUGAUCAAUUUUAGCUACAGUUCAAGGUAAAUAACUCAAUAUCAUUUAGAACUUAGUGUAGGAAUGGGCAUUACCUGUGGAAUCAAACUAUCAAUUUGUGUGCCAUCAUUUCCAUGUUCAGCAUUAUCA